AUCAUCUUUUGAGAGAACUAGUUCUUUCAGCUGAGAACAUGGAGCUGGACAAUGUUUAUCUAAAUUGUGAUCAGAUUCAUCACAAUCAACCAAAAAGAGGCAGAGGAAAAGAGGAAAACUUGAAAUCAGAACAAGGUGCCCAAUCAGCAGAGUCCGCCCGAGGAAAAUGUCCAUCUCUGGUCAUCUACAUUCUCCUGGGUCUCUCCAUCUUGCUGUCUGUGGUGAUUCUAAGUACUGCAGUUAUACUAUUUACAGGAAUAUCUGAGAACACAAGUCGAUCGCUCGCUGAACUUCGGACUCAAAUUUCACAGCUGAAGGAGAAUCUAUGUUAUUCCCGGUGUCCUGGCCAGUGGAGGAAGUUCGAGCAACACUGCUAUUACUUUUCAACAAACAAAAAAACUUGGGCAGAUGCCCAGAAAGCCUGUGCAUCAAUGGACGCCAAUCUUGUUGUCAUUAACAAAGCUGAGGAACAGGUUUUGGGGGAUUAACCAGCCCAAUCAUGAAGAAAAUGAAGAUUGCGUCACGAUGUUUGAUAAAGGAGAAUGGCAUGACUGGCCAUGCAGUUCCUUACAUCCCCCGAUCUGUGAAAAAUCAGCAUUAUCCUCUAUUCAUUAAUGUUACAGUCAGUGGAAAGUGAAUCUAUUUUUAAAUGUUCACUCCAUGUACAUUAGUCAGGCAGUCCUGGAACUGUAAUGAUAUGGAGGGUGUGUGUGGCCAGGGAUCUCCCCCCUCCAUUUCCUGAUUGGGAUUCUCCUAAACCCACAGGACACAUUCAGUUUUGCUUCUUUGUCUUAACCAGCAAUCCAGAAUGACCCUAUUAUCCUGAACUUUGUUGAAUCAGAUCCAAUCUUCCAGAACAUUGAAAAGAGCCAAUGCAAUGUUUGUACACCAACAUGCCUGAUUGCUCCCAUUCCAUUGGAACAAGCUGCUCUGGUUAUCUCAUACUUACAGGACUGUUUGGAAACUGAUAUGUGAUCACCCACCGUGAGGGAUGUAAUGGAUUUUCAACAUUUCCUGCUCUCUUCAGCCUAAGAGCGUAGACAGAAAAGCCUAUGGCCUUGGAUGCACUCAAAUUAAAUGAUUCAAUCACUCUACCCCACCUCUCUCCACUUUCCACCUCCCCUCCAAGCACAACCUCCAUUUUCACCUCAACUCCCCCCUUAUCUCACCUGCCCCAUCUUGACCCCUUUCCCCUUAACCCCCAUCACACCCUAACCCCCACCUCCUCAGUAAACCCACCUACUCCUCCACUCCACACUCCCACCAAACACCUCUUCCAGCCCUACCUCCUCCUCCUCUUUGUCCACCACACACCUAGGAGUUAGCCACAGGCCUGAUCAGUGUUGGAAGCAGACGGGAUUGGUCAGACCACAAUUGAUGAGUUGCAUCAGGAUACCCGACUGGCCCAACUUACUGUUUAAGAGUGAGUAAUUGAGCCAUAGGGCAUCAGAACACACACAAGCCAAUUUUUGGUCCAUUUCUCAACCAUGUCUUCCUUGGCAGCUAAUGGGAUUAUUGAAAGGUAUGACUUGUCCAGUUUAAAACUUUAACCAACCGACACACACAACGUUGUAAACAUAAAAAAUAAGAACACAAGGUCCUUGGAUCCUUUUCUGCCAUUCAGUAAGAUCAAGGCUGAAUGUUUACAUCAAUUCCACUUUCUUGUUGAUUCCCUAAGAGUCCAAAAAUCUCUGAAUCUCAGUCUAGGUUAUGCCCAUUGGUUGGGUAUCCGCAGCCCUCUGGGGGGGGUAGCGAAUUUCAAAGAAAUGUCUCUUUAUUGUAGAUCAACAUUGACACACUUUUCCUGAGUCUUCGGCUUGGAUUUUCAUCCUUCAGGGGGUAGGAGGAGUCUGGAAAAUUCGGGGCUUGGGCCCGCCCAACUCGGGAGAAAGUGCCCGGCAAGGCAGGAUUUUUAUUGCUGGGGGCCAGAUGCGAGCUGAAGUCGAGUCAGCUGAAUAAAUACAGAAGCAGCCACACUGUGUGAUGAGGUGGGCAGUUUAAAAGGCUGCCUUAAUGCCAUGGAACUUUGUCCCAAUGGAAAAAAAAACACAAAGCCUUCCAGUCCUCACUCCUCACACCUGGCUUCACCCUCAAAACACUCCUCAAGCCCCAUCUCAUGCCACCUCACACUUCCACUCACCCCCAAGCAUGAAGGUCAGCUGAGAUCCCAGACAUCAAUGAGAAUAAGCUCUGAAGAAGAGUCAUACGGAGUUGAAAUGUUAGCUCUGUUUCUAUCUCCACAGAUGCUGCCAGGCCUGCUGCGUUUUUCAAGCACUUUCUGUUUUUAUUUCAGAUUUCUAGCAUCUGCAGUAUUUAGCUUUUAUAUUAUGGACAUGCCAGAGCCUGGCAUAGAGGCAUGAGAGGCCUGGUUUGUGGAAGGGCACAGCCUGGCAUAGGGGCCACAAGGGAAUAUA